AUGAAAAAAGUGGAGAUUGUUCUUAGUUCACUUCCUAUGAGUGGCGGAGAUGGCCCAAACAGCUACUCUAAGAAUUCUCAUUUGCAGAGAAGAACAACAAGUUUGUUGAAAGAGGCAAUAGACAAAUUGAUAAUAGAGAAACUCGAUGCAAAAACCCUAAUCUCUGGCUCCAACAACACGUUCCGCAUAGCCGAUCUUGGUUGCGCAACUGGACCAAACACAUUCUUUCUCGUUGACGACAUCAUCAGAUCCGUUGAAACCAACUUAAGAAGAUCAAAAUCCACAAAACCAGAGUUUCUUGUCUACUUCAACGACCUACCUGAAAACGACUUCAACACUCUCUUCACUUCUCUCCCUCGAGAUGGGAGUUACUUCGCGGUCGGGGUUCCCGGUUCGUUCUACGGCCAUGUUCUUCCUCGAUCCUCCGUUCAUAUUGUAGUGACGGUUGCGGCCACACACUGGCUUUCAAGUGUUCCAAAGGAUGUGGUGGACAAAAGCUCCAAGGCUUGGAAUAAAGGAAAGGUUCAUUACUCAAAUGCGGCGAAGGAAGUGGUGAAGGCUUAUGAAAAUCAGUUCGGUCGUGACAUGGGGAAGUUUCUAGAAGCUAGAGCUAAAGAACUAGUGAGUGGAGGUCUUUUGGUUGUUGGAAUGUGUGGGAUUCCUAAAGGUAUGCCUUUCUCUAAUCUUGCCGACGGUAUUAUGUAUACGUCCAUGGCUGAAGUUCUCAUUCAAAUGCAAUCCAAGGGUUUGAUCACAGAAGAGCAAGUAGAUACCUUCAACAUACCUAUCUACUCACCAUCGCCUGAGGAGGUAACAUUCUUGGUAGAGAAAAAUGGAUGCUUCACAAUCGAAUCGAUGGAACUGAUGAACCCUGCAGCCUGGCUCAAACGGCCAAUGAACGUGGAGGAUGUGAGGCAAUGGAUGGUUUGCAUAAAGGCCACAAUGGGAUCUCUCUUCAUCAACCAUUUUGGUGACCAUGUCCUCGAUGAGAUUUUCGACCGUCUCACUGUAAAACUUGUUGGACUUACUGAGAAGAUUGAAUCUAGCUACCGUGAGAAGCUCAUGAUGUUCUUUGCGUUGAAACGAAAAUAAAUAUAUAUUUGGCAAGUAUAUACUUUUCACGAGAGUUCAAUAGAAAAAAAAAAGUUAU